GCCCUCAGCGGCAAGGAAAACUGAUCACAAGCACAUUCCUGGCCUAGUCCUGCCCAGCCGAGGGCAGAAAUGGCUGCAAGUGGCCGAGGUCUCAGCAGGGCUCUGGGUGCCUCUCGCCGUCCUGCUUGGAGACAAACUCACUUGGAAGCCAGGGGACGCCUGAAGCCUGAGUAUGAUGCGGUGGUGAUAGGAGCAGGACACAAUGGGUUGGUGGCUGCCGCGUACCUGCAGAGACUGGGGGUGAACACGGUGGUCUUCGAGAGGCGCCAUGUGAUCGGAGGUGCCGCUGUCACGGAGGAGAUCGUCCCAGGGUUUAAGUUCUCCAGAGCGUCCUACCUCCUCAGCCUGCUGCGACCACAGAUUUACACCGACUUGGAGCUGAAGAAACACGGGCUGCGGCUCCAUCUUCGAAACCCCUACUCCUUCACCCCCAUGCUGGAAGAGGGCACAGGGCACAAGGGCCCCAGGUCCCUUCUGCUGGGCACAGACACGGCAGAAAACCAGAGGCAGAUCGCCCAGUUCUCACGGAAGGAUGCCCAGGCCUUUCCCAGGUAUGAGGAGUUCAUGGGUCGCUUGGCCUUAGCCGUCGACCCUCUGCUGGAUGCAGCCCCUGUGGACAUGGCGGCCUUCCAGCAUGGCUCCUUGCGACAAAAGUUCCGGUCGCUCUCCACCUUGAAGCCCCUGCUGAAGGCAGGCCGGAUCCUGGGAGCCCAGCUGCCCCAGUAUUACCAGGUCCUCACAGCUCCGAUCAGCAAGGUGCUGGAUCAGUGGUUCGAGUCUGAGCCUCUAAAAGCCACUCUAGCGACGGAUGCCGUGAUUGGAGCCAUGACAAGUCCCCAUUCUCCAGGGAGCGGGUAUGUGCUGCUCCAUCACGUCAUGGGGGGCCUGGAGGAGAUUCAGGGGGCCUGGGGCUACGUCCAGGGUGGUAUGGGGGCCCUCUCAGAUGCCAUCGCCAGCUCAGCCACCGCGCACGGAGCAACUAUCUUCACCGAAAAGACCGUGGCUAAGGUGCGGGUGAGCAGCGAAGGCCGCGCCCAGGGAGUGGUUCUGCAGGACGGCACAGAGGUGAGGAGCAAGGUGGUGCUGUGCAGCGCUUCGCCCCAGGUCACCUUCCUGAAGCUGAUGCCGCAGGAGUGGCUUCCUGAGGCCUUCGUGGAGAGAGUCUCCCAGCUGGACAGCCAGUCUCCUGUUACCAAGAUCAACGUGGCUGUAGACAGGCUGCCCGACUUCCUGGCGGCCCCGAACCCUCCCGGCGGCCAGCCACUGCCUCAUCACCAGUGCUCUAUCCACCUGAACUGUGAGGACACCCUCCUGCUCCACCAGGCCUUCGAAGACGCCAUGGGUGGCCUGCCUUCCCGCAGGCCUCUGAUCGAGCUCUGUAUCCCGUCCUCUCUGGACCCCACCCUGGCUCCCCCCGGCUGCCACGUCAUCUCCCUGUUCACUCAGUACACGCCCUAUACCCUGACUGGAGGCAAGGUCUGGGACGAGCAGGAGAGAAACGCUUACGCUGACAAGGUGUUUGACUGCAUCGAGGCCUACGCCCCCGGCUUCAAGCGCUCUGUGGUGGGCAGGGACAUCCUCACACCCCCCGACCUGGAGAGGAUCUUUGGGCUUCCUGGAGGGAACAUCUUCCACUGCGCCAUGUCGCUGGACCAGCUCUACUUCGCCCGCCCCGUGCCCCUGCACUCUGGCUACCGCUGCCCGCUCCCGGGCCUGUAUCUGUGUGGAAGUGGGGCGCACCCUGGAGGAGGUGUCAUGGGAGCUGCUGGAAGAAAUGCAGCCCACGUGGUCUUCGGGGACCUCAGGAGCAUGUGACUCGGAACCAUCUGUGACCAGGAAGAAUUCACUCCCGAGUGUCUAAAGCCUCUGCUUGGGUCGGCGUCCCAGGAAGCUCUGCUCCUGAAGGUGGCACUGGAGCAGCCAGGCCCUCAAGGUUUGAGCCGUUAUCUUAGGAGAACAUAGAAGUUACAGUUAAUACUCAUUAACCUCGAGCCCGUGCAGAAAUAAACUGGCUUCAUUUUUUAAAAAAUAA